AAUUUUUCUAAAUUACAUUGCUGUAAUCGUUAUGUUGAGGUCUAGCUUUGGGGUACCUAAAUGAAAUUAGGGUUAAAGUCUAGUGGCAGGUUUGGGGUACAGAUUCGGCGCAAGGGGGUCUAGUAGCGGCGGGAGUUCCCAAUAAAAGCAUUUAUUGGCCCAGAGAGCUAGAUUGAUAAAAGAGGUUUAUUAUUGGAUAAGUAAAGUUAAAGUAUAGGCGAAGGUAGAGAUAAGGAGGGCACUGGACAGAGGGUCCAGUGGACAGAGGGUCCUCACAUGGUAGCCAUGUUUGGAAUCUCUGCAAAGAGGGGUUCCCAGCAGGGCCUUUUUAUAAUAGGAGACUUAGCUCGGAGGGGCUUUCAGGUGUAGCCCCAAAGUUGGCUCAGAUCCGGGUGGGGCUGGGAACAGGUCAGAUCUUCUAUUGGAAUUCAAAAGGACCAGGAUGUGUGAGUUAAAGGGCAAUUUACAUUAUAAACUAGGAGAGGGUGGGAAUCUAGAAAGGAAUCUUUCCCGCAUCAGUUAGUCAAUUCAACACCAGGCUGAAAAAAGUGUUUUUCCAAGACAGAAGUCUCUCUUCUCCCCAUGCCCCUCCACUCUGGUACACAAGACUCCUGUGAAAUUGCCUUCACUCCUCUUCCCUUCUAUAAAUUUAUCUGGUGAGGAUAUUCCCAAUUCCCUGUUCCAGAGACACCUUUUAAUCUCUUAGUCAAAAUGCCCCAAAUGAAGCCCUUUUAAUUCUAGUGGAACUUAAUCUCACUCGAAACUGAACGAGUUUCGGACAAAUUGGGCGUAAACUGAUUUCUUGGUAAAUUUAAUUGUAUUGGCGAUGUACAUAAUUUAAGAAAUAGCUGUUUCCUUCAUAGUUAUGCUUAGUAAAUUGAGACUAAACGGCAGUAGAAUUAGAUUAAUUAAUUAGACUAAUUAAUUUACAACUCUAGAUUAAGGAGCCAUAAAGUUCGAAAGCAGGGGAGGAUUUUUCUUUUCUUACAGCAGGGGAUAGUAAAGAUAAGAUUCAAACACCUUUCCAUUGUUCUCUCUUUCUUUUAUAUUUACAUUUUCCUUAAGGGGUAGCCCAAACUUUUUGCUGGGUCAAGGUCUCAGACCACCAAUCUGGAUCCUCCCCACUCCGUCAAUUUUGACGUCUCCAAACUAGCCAAUCGGAGAAGCCCGUCUCAGCUGAACCGAGGUUAGCCGGGCAAUUUUAACCCAGACCAUCCUCCUAGAGCCAGAUCUCCUCCUUCCUCCACCCCUUCACGCCAGCUUCUAACUCCAGGCGGUUUUCUUAGUGGACGUCUCUUGUCCGAGAUUCUGCUGGAGUCUCCGGCGCGCUCUCUCCACCCAGCUAAGCAGAGCCUCGUCUGCCCCGGGGGUUCAGUGGAGGCAGAAGCGCAGCGCUUCUGGAGUCUGGGCCAUCCUUGGAGAGACCAGGCUGACGGAGGCCUGCACACUGGAGGUCAGGACGCCAGCCCUCAUUGGCACGGACAGCUGCAGUCCCCCGAGGACCGGGGCUCUUUAAGCAGGCAGCUCCCCUCGACGUUCUUUGGAGAGCAGAAAGUUUGCGCCUCUCAACCAUGGGCACACAGCGGGACGCCAGGACCUUCGAUGUGUGGGACUACGUGGUAUUCGCUGGGAUGCUGUUAACGUCCGCAAUCAUAGGCAUUUAUUAUGCCUUCAAUAAAAAGCAGCAGACCCAGAAAGACUUUUUGAUAGGUGGUCGGAAAAUGACGGCGCUGCCCGUGGCGCUGUCCCUCACUUCUAGUUUCGUGUCUGCCAUCACUAUCCUGGGUAUCCCUGCCGAGAUCUAUCGCUUUGGGGCUGUAUUCACCAUGUAUGGCUUCUCCUACAUCCUUAUGGUGGUCAUCACGUCGGAAGUCUUUAUUCCAGUCUUUUAUAAACUGGGAAUUACCAGCACUUACGAGUAUCUAGAGCUUCGUUUUAACAAAUGCAUUCGCCUCUGUGGAACCUUUCUGUUCAUCCUUCAAACGGUUUUGUACAUUGGAGUUGUCAUUUAUGCGCCAGCUCUUGCUAUGAAUCAAGCUACGGGACUCAAUUUGUGGGGCACAAUUCUUGUCACGGGAGUGAUCUGCAUCUUCUACAGCUCAAUGGGUGGGUUCAAAGCUGUUGUCUGGAUACAUGUUUUCCAAGCUGGGAUCAAGGUGGCUGGAAUCUUUUCCGUGAUCAUACAGGGUACUCUGGUUGAAGGUGGAAUCAGCAAUGUCCUAAACAAUUCCUAUUAUGGAGGAAGGUUAAAUUUCUGGGACUUCAAUCCCAAUCCUCUUAGAAGGUAUACCUUCUGGUCCAUUGUCAUUGGUGGUACUAUCACCUGGCUCGGUGUCUUUGCUACCAAUCCAGCUCAAGUCCAGAGGUACAAUUCCUGCAAAAGCCGAUUCCAUGCAAAAAUGUCCAUUUAUUUAAAUCUUAUAGGAUGCUGGGGAAUUCUUGGCACUGUAACUUUGUGUGGUCUUAUCCUUUAUUCAAGAUAUCGUGACUGUGAUCCUUGGACGGCAAAGAAAGUGUUAGCACCAGACCAGCUCAUACCCUAUUUAGUAUUGGACAUUCUACGAGAUUUUCCAGGACUACCAGGACUCUUUGUGGCAUGUAUAUAUAGCGCAACAUUAAGCGCCGUGUCUGCCAGUGUCAAUGCUUUAGCUGCAGUAACAAUUUCAGAUAUCGUCAAACCUUUCUUCCCAUCGCUCUCGGAAAAGACUGUAUUUUGGCUUUGUAGAGGGACAAGUUUGUUUUAUGGACUUCUGUGCAUUGCAAUGGCAGCUUUGGCAUCUCUUUUGGGAGCACUGUUACAGGUAGCAGUUACUAUCUUUGGUGUGAUUGGUGGACCCCUUUUGGCCGUGUUUUCUUUGGGCAUCUUGGUCCCUUUUGCCAACUCAAUAGGGGUUUUUGUAGGGCUUAUUGCUGGAUUUAUUGCUUCCCUCUGGGUUGGAAUUGGAGCUCAGCUAUAUCCCCCACUUCCAGAGCACACUUUACCUUUGAAACUUGUUACUGAUGGCUGUGCCAUGCAGAACACAACACUAGAAGGUCCAUUGUCUCCAAAUGCUUUUGAAGUUCAUAAUGUUGAAAGAACUCCCCUAAUGGAUAACUGGUAUUCCUUAUCAUAUCUGUACUACAGCCCCGUUGGAGUGUUUGUCACUAUAAUUGUGGCAGUAAUUGUUAGCCUCCUAACAGGGGGAAGGAAACAGGUCAUAGAUAAGAGAUUGCUACUAACCAAAGAAGAUUUUUUAUCCAACUUUGAUUUUUUAAAGAAGGAGAACCAAGUUGUAAACCAGCAGCUUCGUGUGAUAGAAGAUAGUGGAACUAAACCUGGUCAACGAACUAAUGAAUUAACACAUCUUUAAAGAUCAACUACAGAUCUAUGAAGAGCUUAUUACCACUUCUUGAAAGUUGUGAUGGACAUCAAGUUCAGACCAUUUAUGGACAUGGUCACAGUGGAAAUGACUGAAUCACUCUUAUUAUAGAGGAUUGCCACUUUUUCACUGGAGAAGAAAGUCAAGAGGAGAAAGCCCCAUAGGAUGUUAGGCCUCGAAUGAAAUCAAGGGAGAUAGCUAGGGGACAUAGCGAAAAGAAUACUGGCCCUGGAAUCGGGAGUUCAAAUUCAGCUUCAGAGACUUGACACUACUGUAACACUUAGCCUUUAAUGUCUCUCCACUAAAAAAUAAAUAAAACCAAG